AUGAGCAGUAAAGUAGUUUCACCAUUCAUGAAAGAUGUUCCUCCAUUUAACCUAUACUAUACAGAUAAACUUAACAAGCUUUGUCCAUCAAUACAAUGGAAUAUUUGGAAAAGUCUCACAACAGGAAAAUAUCCUAUUAGAACAGUGGAAAGUAAAUUACAAGAUAUAACCACUCUUACUAACAUACCCCUACCACCUCAGAAAAUUAAUAUUGAGUAUGAGAUGAGGCUUGAGGCAAAUAAGAAACUAUGUUGUGAAAUCAAAGAAAAAAAGUUAGUAUUAUAUCAUGCAGAAAAAUCACUUGCAUCUAUGAAGCAAUAA